AACGACCCUACAGCGACGAUAGGGGCACUUCGAAGGCAGGGUCGAGAUCAAGCUUUAGAGAAGCUCUGACGACCAGCAGACCAAGCACGCCAGUCAACUUUGAACGACGUGGAGAAUGAUCUUCUCAAUCCGCUGAUGACAGUUGCAUGAAGUUCCUUCCUUGAAAGAUGGGUAGUGAGACCGGACUUGGACGCUGGCUAACAUUACAGGACUCGAUUGCGACUGCCGUUGGAAGGCUUCGAUGACGCGACUGCCUACAGCACAGAAGGCGCGACCUUGCUCCGAAAGACUUUGGCUCAGCGCUCCCUCAGCCUUUCUCGGCGUCUUGAACUUCUUGACCACUGUUGACCCGGCCAUCGAGACAUCGGUCACAAUGGAGCCCAACGAUCCGUACAGCUACUAUCUACCGUAUGAGCAGUAUGCGAACAACAACGUAGACGAUUACAUUCUCAACGCCGGCUAUCAGGAUGAUCAAGUCGAUUACGAACUAUCACGCCCACACCGUCCAGAUACAGUGACUCGCCAGAGCCAGGCUGCUUUUGGAAGAGCUCGACUGUCCUUACCACCACCUGCGCCGGUCCCUAUCGAAGUCAACGACUACCUGGGAUACAACUACGCUUCUACGCCUUCUGACGACUACACCAGAGCAUACCUGGAGAAUCAAUCCGAGGACAUAAGGCCCUCAAUUCAAGCCGUACACGCCCUCGCCCCGACAGAGUCCAGGCCGUAUCAGCACAUCUUUCGAAGACAAGAGAGCAGCUCAUCGCCCACCAAUGCUGUUCCCUCGAGCCCAACCUAUCAAGCCAGUCAAAGGCAGCAGAACCCCGAAGCCUCGAUGCCGAUUCGAUCGUACGCCUUUCCCACGGCACAGCAAGGAAAGCCAGAAAUCGAUCGAGGACCUCCCACGGUUCAGGGCAUACAGCUCGUUCCAGUACACACACUGCCAGACCGAUUCAGGACUAUCUUUCCGUUUGCCAUGUUCAACGCUGUACAAUCCGCUUGUUUUCAAAGCAUAUACGAGUCCGACGACAAUUGCGUCUUCUCGUCACCUACUGGUAGUGGCAAAACUGUACUCUUCGAAAUCGCAAUCUGCCGCAUGCUUCGUGGCUGGACAAACGGUACCUUCAAGGUCGUCUAUAUGGCCCCGACAAAGUCUUUGUGUUCCGAGAGGGCUCGUGAUUGGAAAGCCAAGUUCGGGCCCUUGAACUUGAAGUGUGAAGAGAUGACUGGUGAUUCUGAUAUUACCUCGCUUCAUCAUGUACAGCGGGCCGACAUUAUUGUGACCACGCCGGAGAAGUGGGACUCGAUGACAAGAAAAUGGAAGGAUCACGAGAAGCUGGUCCGACUCAUCAAACUGCUGUUGAUUGACGAAGUUCAUAUCCUCAACAAGGACCGUGGCGCCGCCCUCGAGGUUGUUGUCUCCAGGAUGAAGUCUGUCGGCGCCGGAACCAGAUUUGUGGCGCUUAGUGCGACUGUGCCAAACUCUCAAGAUAUCGCAACCUGGCUUGGAAGAAACGACGAUACUCCCAAUGUUCCGGCAACACAUAAAAGAUUCGGUGAAGAAUUUCGACCCGUCGAGCUCACACGCUACGUCUGUGGGUACCAAUCAAAUGCAAAUGCAUUUGGAUUCGACACUGUCUUGACCAAGAAACUCUCAGACGUUGUCGUAAAGUACUCCCAGAAAAAACCAAUCAUGGUGUUUUGCUUCACGAGAAAGUCAUGCUCGGAGGCUGCGAAGUUUCUUGCUGAGUGGUGGAAACAUAGUGCGCCCAAGAAUAGAUAUUGGCACGCACCUACUCGACAGAUCAGAGUCGAGGACAAGGGAUUGCAAAGCACUGUUUCUGCUGGAGUGGCUGUACACCAUGCAGGUCUCGGUCUUGACGAUCGUGGUGCUGUGGAGAGCGCUUAUCUUGCUGGCGAGUUGAGUGUGAUCUGUUGCACCUCAACGCUUGCGGUUGGUGUGAAUCUACCUUGCCACAUGGUUAUCAUCAAGAACACCGUCAGCUACGAGGCAGGAGCUAUCAAAGAAUAUUCCGACCUUGAGAUCAUGCAGAUGAUUGGAAGAGCCGGUCGACCACAAUUUGACACUUCGGCUUUGGCAGUGAUAAUGACCAAGAUGCAGCAGGUCAAGCACUAUGAACAACUUCUGAGUGGGCAGGAACGUUUGGAAAGCUGCUUGCAUCUCAAUCUUGUCGAGCACCUCAACGCAGAGAUCGGGCUAGGCAUGGUUCCAGACCUUUGUGCAGCAAAGAAAUGGCUCGCCGGUACUUUCCUCAGAGUUCGACUUGAAGACAACCCCACACACUACCAAAUCAAAGGAGAUACUCCAGAUCGGGACCUUGGAGCCAGGCUUGAACAAAUCUGCGACAGUGCAAUCUCACAGCUGCAGGAGCUUGGACUGAUUGAAUGUACGCCUUCAUUUAAGACUACAGAUUACGGAGAGGCCAUGGCACGCUACUACAUGAAUAUCACGACGAUGGAAACGAUCUUGAGCCUUCCGCGGAAGCCAAAGAUAUCAGAAAUUCUGGCCGUUAUAUCACAGGCUCAUGAGUUCAGAGAGCUACGAUUCCGCUCUGGCGAAAAGCCAGUGUACAAAGAGUUGAACGACAUGCCCGACAUUAGGUUCCCCAUCAAGGUCGAUCUCUCUGCCUAUGCUCACAAGGUCUCCUUGAUCGUACAGUCUGUGUUGGGCGGAGUUAGACACGUGGCCGAUCAACCAAAUCAUCGCGUUCAAAACAGCAUCGACCAAUCUCUGAUAUUCCAGCAUAUUCAUCGUCUCAUUCGAUGCAUUGUCGAUUGCCAAAGUUUCGACAAGGAUGCGAUCGGUAUAAGAAAUGCUCUCAUGCUAUCACGCAGUCUCGCUGCACGAGUAUGGGACGACUCACCCAUGGUCCUCCAGCAGAUUGAGCAGAUCGGCCCAGUUGCUUUGAGGAAGCUUGUAGGUGCAAAGAUCACCACGAUGGAUGAGUUUGCGAGUACAGAACCAGGCCGAUUGGAGUAUGUCCUUAACAAAGCUCCGCCAUUUGGGUUAAAUAUGCACAACCGCAUUCAAGCAUUCCCGAAGCUGAGAGUCGCCUUGCAAAUGAUCGGUCAGCCUUUUGUCAAAGCUCAAGAGCAUGUUGCCGUGAAGCUGAAGAUUGACCUCGGAUUUUUAAAUCAGAAGACUCCUGUCUAUUAUCGGACCAAGCCAGUCUUCGUAAUUGUCCUGGUUGGCACUUCAGACGGACAGAAAAUAACUUUCUUCCGCAUCAGUGCACAGAAGCUUGAACGCAUCAACCCGAUCAAUGCGACUGCAUAUCUGACAAGCCCGACUCAGUUGAUAGAGUGCUAUGUCAUGUGUGAUGACCUGGGUCAGUGUCAUAACAUGUUUCAUCUCAAGCUCUUGCACUAACAUGCCACAGCCGGAACCAUGCAACAAGCAGUGCUCAAGCCUGAUGUUCCAGUGACAGCGUUUCAAUUCAUCAAGGAUACUACAGCAGAUGUUGUCAAACACAAGCGUAUUGCUGGAUCUUCAAAAGCCGCGAAUGCCUCAGGUCAUGUCACUCCACCAAAAACAA